AUGAGCUGGUCAACGAGUGGCGUGCGCAUCCUUCGCAAGUAUGUGACCUUUAUUGGCCCUGGUUUCAUCAUUGCAGUCUCCUACAUUGACCCAGGAAACUACAGCACAGAUGUCGCUGCGGGUGCGCUUUUCGAGUACAAAAUGCUGUUUGUCCUCUUUCUGACAAAUCUGUUUGCCAUUUUUCUCCAAUCGCUGUCAUGCAAGCUUGGCUGCGUCACUGGUCUCAACUUGCCUGAACUCUGCCGGCAACAAUUUCCGCUAUGGGCCAACAUUAUCCUCUAUGUGAUCUUCGAGGCUGCUAUCCUCGCGACAGACCUUGCAGAAGUUAUUGGUACCGCCAUUGCCCUCAAUAUUCUCUUCAAAAUACCACUCGUGGCCGGUGUCGCGAUCACGAUGAUUGACGUCUUGAUUGUCCUCUUUGCAUGGCGGCCAGAUGGUUCAAUGCGAGCAACACGAUACUUUGAGCUUGGUGUUGCCAUCUUGGUGGUUAUGGUCAUUGCAUGCUUUAUUGCGCUGCUCAUCCGAAUCGACACCAUUGUCGCCACAGACGUGCUUAAGGGCUAUCUGCCAAAUAGCACAGCCUUCAGCAAAAGCGGUAUUUACACGAGCUUGUCCAUCAUGGGCGCUGUUGUCAUGCCACACUCUCUUAUUCUGGGUACUGGUCUCGCGCAGCCACGCAUGCGCGCGUACGACAUUCGACAUGGUUACAUCAGCAAAGAAGUGCGCAUCUCCGAUAUGCCAGAUUCGGAGAAAUACAAACCCACACUGGCUGCUGUGCGCUCUGUCUUACCCUACAGCAUUGUUGAGCUCAGUCUGUCACUCAUUACAUUUGCAUUAUUCGUUAAUUCUGCCAUUUUGAUUGUGGCGGGGUCGACGCUGUUUAAUGUGGAUGGUGCAGCGGAUGCGGAUCUCUUUGGGAUUCAUGAUUUGUUGAGUUCCAAGUUGUCGCCUGUGGCAGGUACACUCUUUGCCAUUGCAUUGCUGGCCAGUGGACAGUCUGCCGGUGUGGUCACAACCAUGGCUGGUCAGCUUGUUUCAGAAGGUUUCUUCAAUUGGACCAUGCGGCCCUGGCUGCGACGACUCAUCACAAGGAGUAUUGCCAUUUUGCCAUGUAUCCUCGUUGCUGGCCUCGUUGGACGUUCUGGUCUUGCUAUUGUAUUGAAUGCCAGUCAAGUGGUGCUGUCCAUUCUCUUGCCAUUCAUUACAUUCCCAAUCAUUUGGUUUACAGGCAAGUCUGCCAUCAUGAGGGUCAAUGUGGUAUCACUCCCACGGCGGUCUGAGGAAGUCCAAGCUGAUGUCGAACGCAAAGACAUGAGUAACAGCAAGCUGACGCAGUUGCUAGGGUGGGGCAUAUGGCUGACCAUUACGGGGCUCAAUUGCUAUCUCAUCAUCCUUUUAGCUCGUGGACAAGCCAAAGUUUGA